AAACUUGGGCUUCAAACCGGUCAAAAAUAACUAUUCUCAGUAUGUUGGAAGAACUGGACAAAACAAUUACUACAACUAUUCUUAGUAUGUUGGAAGAACCGGACAAAACAAUUACUACAACUAUUCUCAGUAUGUUGAAAGAACUGGACAAAACAAUUACUACAACUAUUCUCGGUAUAUUGGAAGAACCGGACAAAACAAUUAUUACAACUAUCCUCGGUAUGUUGGAAGAACCAGACAAAACAAUUACUACAACUAUCCUUAGUACGUUGAAAGAACCAGACAAAACAAUUACUACAACUAUCCUUG